AUUCAGGAGCCACCAGGCAGGCCAGCUCUUUUAGGACCUCAUUUCUCCUGUAACUCAGGACAUCACCAGAGUUGUCUACACUUUUCCAAGGCAGCAGAAAAUGAACAAAUCCCAGAUUGAACAGAGAUUCCAGGGAUCGGUAUCAUUUAAGGAUGUGACCGUGGGCUUCACCCAGGAGGAGUGGCAGUGCUUGGACUCAAGUCAGAGGUCCCUGUACAGGGACGUGAUGCUGGAGAACUACAGCCACCUUGUCUCAGUGGGGUCCUGUGCUACCAAACCAGAGGUGAUCUUCAGGCUGGAGCAAGGGGAGGAGCCAUGGAUAUGGGAGGAAGAAUUCCCAAGCCAGAGCCUCCCAGCUGUGCCCUCCUGGCUAUCCCCACUCUUCCAGGGCCAGCAGAAGAUGAUCACAUCCCAGGGAUUAUUGUCAUUCGGGGAUGUGACUGUGGGCUUCACUGAGGAGGAGUGGCAGCGCCUGGACCGUGCUCAGAGGACCCUGUACAGGGACGUGAUGCUGGAGAACUACAGCCACCUUGUCGCAGUGGGGUUAUCCAUUCCUAAACCAGAAGUGAUCCUCAAGUUGGAGCAAGGAGAGGAGCCAUGGAUAUUAGAGUCCCCAGGCCAGAGUGACCCAGAAUUAAUUAAUAGCAGUAGAAACUAUUCAAGAAAGAAGUUCAAUGAGUUUAACAAAGGUAGAAAUUGGCUCCAUAAUGAUAAGCAUGAAGGAAUUCAUUCUGAAGAGAAACUUUAUAAAUAUAAUAAAAAUGGGAAUGGCCUCCAUCUUAAUGAAGAUUUUGUUCACCGUCAGAAAAUUCAGAUUUUGGAGCAACCUUUUGAAUACAGUGAAUGUAGGAAAGCUUUCCAUGAGAAUUCACUCUUUGUUGUACAUAAGAAAACUUACACAGGAAAGAACUCCUGUGAACACACUGAUUAUGGGAAGAUCUUCUGUGAUAUGUCAUCCCUCGUGGCUCAUCAGAGAACACAUCCAAGAGAGAAUCAGUAUGAAUUUAAUGAAUGUGGAGAAAAUUUCUUUGAGGAAUCCAUUCUCUUUGAGCAUCAGAGUGUUCAGCCUUUCAGCCAGAAGUCAAACCUCAUUCCAGUUCAGAGAAGCCACUCAAUUGACAAUGUGGUUGAAUAUAAUGAAUGUAGAACGUUUUUCAGUGAAAAGUUAGUCUUUGGUGUACAACAGAGAACACGCACAGGAGAAAAACCUUAUGAGUGUCAUGAUUGCGGAAAAACCUUCAACCAGAAGUCAGCCCACACAAGACAUCAGAGAACACACACAGGGGAAAAAUCUUGUGAAUGUCAGGAAUGUGGGAAAACUUUCUACAAGAAUUCAGACCUCAUUAAACACCAGAGAAUUCACACAGGGGAGAAACCUUUUGAAUGUCAGGAAUGUGGGAAAUCCUUCAGUGAAAAGUCAACCCUCACUCAACAUCGAAGAACACACACAGGGGAGAAACCGUAUGAGUGUCGUGAAUGUGGGAAAGCCUUCUCGUUCAAGUCAGUCCUUACUGUACAUCAGAAAACACACACAGGGGAGAAGCCCUACGAGUGUUAUGAAUGUAGGAAAGCCUUUCUUAGAAAAUCAGACCUCAUUAAACAUCGAAGAACUCACACAGGGGAGAAACCUUAUGAAUGUAAUGAAUGUGGGAAAUCCUUCUCUGAGAAGUCAACCCUUACCAAACAUCUGAGAACUCACACAGGUAUUAGAUGUGAAAACACAGCACGCUGGGACCAGCGGUUGGAAGCAAGUCAGAGGCUCAUGCAUCUGCAGAAGAAGAGAAGAUUUUUAGCAAGAGGACCCACCAGGAGGACUUUCGGAUGCCCAGGUAGAGAGAGAGGUUCUGGAUUGUUGGCUCAUGGAUGGGCAGCUUGCCAGCAGGAUGUGUUCAUGCUUCUGGGGCAGACUGUUGAGAGCGGCUCAUCCUGGCCUAGGGGGUCAGAGGGGAAAGGUGGGUUGCUGCACGCACAGCUUAGUGGAGGCAGUAGAAGUUGAGUGCGCAUGAAGCGUCGGUGGUCUCUUCCCUGGCAGGCGUUGACGUUUCUCUCAGUGUCACCCUGCUGGGGUGACUUGCCAUACCCCGCUCUGUCUCUCCACAUACUCAAUACUUCCAUAGGUGAUGUAACAAUUUCCAAAAAACAUAAUAGUCACAUACAAAAAUGUAUUCUUUGGAGCACCAGCGUGGCUCAUUUGGUUAAGCAUUCAACUCUUGAUUUUGGUUCGGGUUGUGAUCUCAUGGUUCGGGAAUUUGAGCCCCAUGUUAGGCACCAUGCUGAGAGCGCAGAGCCUGCUUGGGAUUACCUCUCUCAGCCUGCCUGCCUCUCUCUCUCUCUCUCUCUCUCUCCCCCUCUCCCUCUCCCUCUCUCUCAAUAAACAUUUAAAAAUGCAUUCUUAAAUAUAAAGCUUUAAAAAAGCACAAGUAAAAAUAAGUAAAAAGCACAAGUAGAUUCCAGUGCUGGGUAGUAACUUGUAGCAGGUCGGUGCCCUAGUGAGAACAACUAGAGAAACAUCACAAAAAGCAUCUGUUUCAAUGCAGCUUAUUGCUGCAGGAGCAAAGAGGACUAAAGGUAAAAUUCAGGAGAGGAGUGAGUCACAGAAAGUUCCCCGGGCAAAAUGCACCUGUUUCCCCUGGGAGCAUUUGCCAGCUUUGGGCACAGAGGAACCUGAGUCCUGAGCUUGGCUCAGGUAGAGGGUGAAGCUCGUAGCGAGAGGGCGGAGACCAGAAGCCAGCAGAACUUUCAGCAGUCAAGGCUGGAGUGAAAAUUUCUUCAACAUUAGAGGCUUAAGCCUCGUAGCUAGUCUCAAAUUUUUAGAAGAUUGACUCAGGACGGGAAGGAGCCUGAAAAGCUAGUCCGAAAGUCGAUUUUAUUCAGGACAGAGAAAAUGAUUGGAAUUCAGUUCCAAAAAAUGAUUGGAACUGUUAGUAGGAUGGGCCCUUGGCGAGCACAGCAUGCUAUCAGUAAAGGUAAGGUCAUACCAGAGGUCAGUUGUACAAAUGAUACCUGAUAUUAAAAAAGAACCAAAACUGCCCAGAAAGAAAACUCUGAGUACAGUUGCUUUCACUGCAGUUAUUCCAAAUAUUUAAGAAGGAAAUAAUAGGAAGCUUCCAUGACCUUUUCCAGAGAAUGGAAGAUGGAACUUUUCUAAUUCAUUUUGGGGGCAUGGUACAACCUUGAUACCAAAACCUGUAAAAGACAUUUCAGGAAAGUAAAGUUACCAAUAUUUUAUGAAUUAAGGUGCAUAAUCUUAAAUUUAAAAAAAAAAUCCAGUCAUAUCCAUGGACCAAGUAAUGUUUAUUAGGGGAAUCAAAGGAUUUACUAUUUAAAAUUAAAUCGAUUUGGCCAGUUCUUCUUCCUCUCACAUCCUCCCUUCUCCCUUGUGCUUUCUGUGUUUCUCUUCUGCCUUCCGUUCCUAGAGUGGAAGUCAGAACAGGCCUGCCACAAGGGAUGAGAAAGGUGUGGUGAUGUGCACACUUGCAUCAGACGUGUUGAAUGCAGCUGGAAGAGAUGAUCAUCGUGGCUAAAGUAUCGAUAACAUUGAGCAGAUGAGAAAAUGUGCUGAGGAUGAUGAGAGCCAGAUCAGAGAAGGUUUUCAUGAAAAUGGAGAGGGGAAAGUUAGAAAAUCCCGGGGUGUUGGAUUGGAAUGUAACUCACAGAAAUGUGUGUGUGUGUGUGGUGUGUGUGUGAGAUGGAUCUGUCUGCUGAGAGGACCUACACACAAUGACACCCCAGGAGCAGUGUGCACACCAGAUACCAGGUUACUAAUGUCUAAAUGCUGUCCUCCACCAAAAAAGGGACUGUCUCCGGAGUGAUGGCUGGUUUCAGGUAAAAGAUGGGGAGAAAUACACGAUGAACCUGAAUCAUCUUACCUGCCCGACAGUAAAAAAAUGUUCAAAUAAUCAUGGAGUCAAAAGAACCACCUUGGUCAGGUUCCACUGGCCAGAUUUGAGACAGUUUGAACAUAGCGUCAGAAUUAUUAAUUCCCAUUAAUAAAAUGGGAGUCCAUUAAUGUAUAGUGAUAUAGAUAAAUUUGUAAAUUCAUAAAGGAGAAGGGAAGACUUGUACAGAAGAAUGCCAGUUAGUAAAUGUAGGGAGAAUAAUGGACAUGGAAAAACACCAUUGGGCAACCAUUGGAGGGGCAGUUGAUUCAGGAGGUAGUUGUCAGCAUAGACUAGAGUCUGUGAGUAGAGCUUUGAUGAAGAACAGGAUAUGGCAUAAUUUUCAGAUAUCUCCCCACAAAAUACCCAUCAGCUGCAGAGGUGAAAGGGUGAUUUUGUGAUUAAACCUGGCAGACACCGGCAUGAUCAGGCAAUCAAAGUUCACCUCACCAGUGGAGUAGGACAGGUCAGCAUGAUGUGUCCCCUGAUGAGAUGCACUGAGAAGAGGCAGCAUCAUUUGUGUGGCAUUUUCGCCAAGAAAGCACGACCUGUAGGAUGCCUGGAUAGCUUAGUGAGUUAGGUGUCCAACUCUUGAUCUCAGCUCAGGUCUUGAUCUCAGGGUCAUGAGUUUAAACCCUGUGUUGGGCUCUACACUCGGUGUAGAGUCUACUUAAAAGAAAAAAGAAAAGAAAGCUUGACCUAUGUUUAUUUAGGAGGAAACAUCAGGUGAAUCCAUAUGAAUGGUUAUUUUAGUGAAUGCAAAGCCUAUAGUUUUUUAUUAUGUGAAAGAUACAAAAAAGACUGAGAGGCUGUUUCAGAUUAGAGGUGACUGGAGAUAAUUUUAAAAUAAAAAUGAAGACCAGACAUUGGUAGAACAGUUGGCAAAAUUCAGUGUAUGGAUUGGAUGGUCAUGCUUAUCAAUGUUUGUUUCCUGAUGUGGAUGAUUGCUGGGUGGUUCUAUAGGUUAGUGCCUUUGGGGAAAAUACACACUGGAAUAUGUAGAGGUAAUGGAGCCUCAUGGCUGCAGCUUGCUUUAAUUUUUUUUAAUGUUUAUU